AUGUCCGAAACAGAAGCUGUAGCAGUCGUUCCAGACUCAACCUUUAAGUGGCCUAGACCGUUCGGUAACUUGUCUAAUGCUUCCGCAUACCCACCGUUCGAGCCAGUCGAUACCAAGAAGAAGACUAUGCAAGUGUUUAGAUUCUCUUUCUACACAACUGCAGGUGCGUACGCUUGGUUAUACAUCUGGAAGAGAACCACAUUCAAGUUGGGACUUCCAGCAACUGUAAUUGCAUUCGCCACAGUGGCUACUGGUGCCAAGGCCAUGAUCACCAACAUUAGAGAGAAGAACGAUGGAUGGAACACAUUCUGGGGUGUUGCAGCAGGUAACUUGACCGUGUUGACCGUUGGCUUUAAGACCAUGCCCCUCAAGCACAAGGCCAUGACCGGUGUGGCCGGUGCCUGUGCUGCUGCCUUUGCAGACCACUUCAGAUGGGCCCAGUCCACAUCUUCCGCUUACACUGAUGCUACCUACGCCAAGUCCAACACAGAAGAAGAAUUGCCAAAGCAAAAGUUCUGGGAUGUUUGGCAAAGAAGACCAUUGAGUCAAACCGUAGAAGAGCUAGGUGUUGGCCGUGGUGUAUUGAAGCCAUAA